UGUUGAUAAGGUGCCAGAUUUUGUGGUGGGAGUAGCAUGUCUCUUUUCCUAUAUAGACCUCAAAAUCCACAUACUCCCAAGUUUGUUACUAACCAUAUCAUAUCAAUGUUUCCCUUGUUGAACUACUCUCUUCUUUUCUUGAUAUUCAUUCUUACCUACAAACUUAUUUUUAAAACCAGAAACAAAUUCAGAAACCUUCCACCAGGUCCAACCUCUCUCCCCAUAAUUGGCAACCUCCACCUCCUAAAACCUCCACUCCACCGCACUUUCCAACGUAUUUCACAAAAAUACGGCAACAUCUUUUCCCUAAGGUUCGGUUCCCGCCUCGUAGUCGUCGUUUCAUCAAACUCCGCAUUCCAAGAAUGUUUCACCAAAAACGACCUCGUCUUAGCCAACCUGCCACAUUCUCUUGCCGGAAAACAUAUUUUCUACAACUGCACCACCAUUGGAACAUGCUCCUAUAGUGAACACUGGCAGAAUCUCCGUCGUAUCAGUACUCAAGAUCUUCUUUCGACACAAUGAGUACUUUCUUUCGAAUCUAUCCGAAGGGAUGAAACCAAUAGGUUGAUACAUAAAUUGGCCAAGGACUACUCCUCCGGCAUGAAAUUUGAACAAGUGGAACUAAGUUCUAUGCUUCAUAACAUAAUGUACAACCACUUGAUGAGAAUGAUCUUUGGAAAGAGAUACUACGGCGAAGAAACUGACGCGAAGGAUGCGAAGGAAGCUAAGGAAUUUAGGGAGACAGUUGCGGAGUUACUAAAAUUUGCAGGGGUUACAAAUAAAGCAGACUAUUUGCCAUUUUUAAGGUGGUUUGAUUAUCAAAACUUGGAAAAGAAAUUACAGAAUAUCAGCAACAAAUUUGACGCAAUCUUGAGUUCACUCAUUCAUGAGAGUCGUAGUAGGAUGCAGAAAGUGAAUACCAUGAUCGAUCAUCUCCUCAAACUUCAAGAAUCACAGCCUGAGUAUUACACCGAUGAGAUCAUCAAAGGACUUGUUUUGUCUAUGCUCUUUGCAGGAACAAACACUUCGACUGUAACAUUAGAGUGGACAAUGUCUAACUUAUUAAACCAUCCAGAGGUGUUAAAAAAAGCAAAAGAUGAAAUAGAUACUUCUAUAGGACAAGAUCGUUUGUUGAAUGAGACAGACCUUCCGAAACUUGUUUACCUUAAGAAGGUUGUUCUAGAGACACUUCGGUUGUAUACCAGCUUUUACACUAAAUUUUACACCUACAUGCUACUUUGACACUAAAUUUUACCUUACAUGCUACUUUGACACUAAAUUUUACACCUACACCAGCUUUUAUACUAAAAAUACAUACUAAUUGUUUUUAUAAUAGUUUUUUGUUUCAUUUUGAAAUCUGUGCAUCACUAAGUUAAUGAUAUACAUACGGUGUAAUUACUAUACGGUGUAGAAAAUAGAUGUAAGCAUAGCAUAACUCAUAAGGUAAAUAACUUUGAUGUUAUAAACACUGAAAAAUCUUUUCAAACGGGGUGUACUCAAGAGUGUGUUUGAUGGAGUAUUUUAAUGAGGUAAUGUAAUGUUUUGAGGGAAUUUAAAAUGAUUUGCACAAAAUUUAUUGUUUGGAUACAAAAAUGAAGAAUUGUUAAAAUGAUGGAAAUUUGUGGAGUAUUUUAUCUAAUUUAAAUUUAAUAUUUUGAAAUGACACCAAAAAUCAAAGAAUUUGAAAUUACUCUCAUACUAAAUAGAAUGUAUUUGUUACUAUUAUUUCUUCAAAUUUUACAAAUUAGUCCUCAUAUUUUUCAAAAUUAAAAAAUUGACCCCAAAAAAUUGCAAAUUGGUCCUUAAUAAUUUUUAAAAUUUACAAUUUGGUUCUUCAAAUUUUUAAAAAUUGCAAAUUGGUCCCUACUUUUUUAAUUUUGUCCAAAAAAUUUAAAUUUUAUAAAAAAUGACCCCA